AUGAGGAAGGAAAUGGAUGAACUGAGGAGCGCCAUUAAGGAGAAGACGGACCGAAGUGUAGACAAAAUGGUAAGGGCUACGGAUUCACCCUUCACUGCCGCGGUACUCGAAUGCCCUGUACUGUCAAAGUUUCGCUUACCUCAACUUGAGCCAUUCGACGAACUAAAAGACCCACAGGAUCAUCUUAAUACCUUCAAGACGACUCUAGGUCUUCAACAACCACCUGACGAGAUACUGUGUCGUUCCUUCCCAACGACUCUCAAAGGAGCUGCAAGAGAAUGGUUUACGAAGUUGCCAAACUCGUCCAUAGACAACUUCGAUCAAUUAAGUAAUGCCUUAUUGCGCCGUUUCAUAAGGGGGCAACGCCCAAAGAGGCCGGUAAACUACUUACUCACCAUAAGACAGGGAGAGAAGGAAACUCUGAGAUCGUAUGUCAAACGGUUCACCUGGGAGACUCUGGAGGUGGAAAAAACUGAUGAAAAGGUGCAGCUGACGACCUUCAAGGCAGGGUUGAGGUCCAGAAACCUCGUGGCCUCCCUUGCAAAGAACCCCCCAAAGACGAUGGCGGAAAUGCUCCUGAAGGCACAGAAGUACAUGAAUGCUGAAGAUACUUUAGCUGCCAUUAAGGAUGCCGAGAAGCCAGGAGACAAGGCCAAGAGGGAAGACGACCGUAGGGGGCAAAAGAGAGAUCGACCAGACUGUCGGAACAAUGAAGGGAACAGGAGGAAGGAUGAUAAAAAUCCUCGGACAAUCAAGGACGAGCAUUAUCUAAAAUGGCCUAGGCCAUUGCACUCAUCCCCCAAUGUCCGUGACAAAAACAAGUAUUGCCGGUUCCACAAAGAUCAUGGCCACCACACAGAGGAUUGCAGAGACCUAAAGGAGCAAAUAGAGGAGUUAAUACGAAAAGGGAAGUUAUAG